AUGCAGGAAAAGGCUCCCCCGCUGCGCCUGGAGCGCGAGGUGGGUCUCGCGGGGGCCGUGGCCCUGAUCGCGGGCACCAUGAUCGGCUCCGGGAUCUUCAUGUCCCCGCAGACCGUGCUCGUGUCCGCGGGCAGCGCGGGCGCGAGCCUGCUGGUGUGGGGCGCGUGCGGGCUGCUGGUGGCGCUGAUCUCGCUGUGUUACGCGGAGCUGGGCACGUGCGUGCGCGCGUCCGGGGGCGAGUACGCGUACAUCCUGCGCACGUGCGGGCCCGUGCCCGCCUUCAUGCUCGUGCUCAGCUCCGCGCUGCUCGUGCGUCCCGCGGGGGUCGCGGGCAUCGCGCUCAGCUUCGCGCAGUACGCGCUCGCGCCCUUCUACCCGGAAUGCGCGCCCCCGACGCCGCUGCUGAAGGGCGUGGCCGCGGCCGCCGUGCUCGCGCUCGCCACCGUCAACUGCAUGGACGUGCGCGUGUCCAUGCGCGUGCAGGUGCUGUUCCUGGUGGCCAAAGUGGCGGCUCUGGCCGUGAUCGUGGUGGGGGGGCUCGCGCUGCUGGCCACCGGGCGCGCGCACAGCUUUGAAGGCUCUUUUGAGGGCACCAACGUGGGCAUCAGCCCGCUGGGCAUCGCCUUCUACCAGGGCCUUUGGGCCUACGACGGCUGGAACAACCUCAACUACGUCACCGAGGAGCUCCGGCGCCCAGAGGUGAACCUGCCCCGGGCGCUGCUCAUCGCCGUCUCCCUGGUAACCGGCCUCUACCUGAUGGUCAACGUCAGCUACCUGAGCGCCAUGACGCCCCGAGAGAUGCUGUCCUCCGGGGCCGUGGCCGUCACCUGGGGGUGA